AUGCAGGCCAAAACUCCCUCUCGCCAGCGCGCCCGCUCAGAUGUGAACCGGACUCCUCUCACUCCCUCCGUCAUAUCUGGAAUGAACAAUGUCUUUGUGUCGUCUCCAACCAAGGGAUCGUCGAAGACAUCUACGGGCAGCAAGUACACGGCGGCGACACCGGCCGAUACCACGAACCCAUUCAUCACGCGCACUACUUCCCGCCCGACCUCUCGGGCGCCUUCUCCAGUCAAACGUGCCGUGUCCGGUGGCUUUGCAGUCUCGGACUCGUUGAAGCGCCAGGCUAGCAGCGGCGUCAUUCGCAAGGGUGGCAUCGAAAGCAAGCUCGACGUCGUGAGCCAGGACUAUGUACCACAGCCUCCAACCAUCCAGGCAAAGCGAUCUCGAUCCACUCCCGCAGCACGGGAUACGCGCGAUCGGUUCAUCACAAGCCGCGAAGAGACCGAAGUGGCAGCCACGUUUGACAAGAUGUCACUCAACCCGCAAUCCGCCUCUCCUGGACACACUGCGCGUCUCGUCGCGGCUACUGGCGUUCCCAUCAACAAGCGCGUACUGGCGUACCACGAGGCGCCGCCACCUGCUGCAGACAGCACGCUUGCCAAGCAGCGCGAGUUCGCCCGGCCUUUGUAUGCCCGUCCGGGUGAAGCUGCCACAUCGAACGGGACAAGCACGAACAAGACCAGACGUAUCGCUACUCAGCCGGAACGCGUGCUCGACGCGCCCGGCAUCGUGGAUGAUUUCUACCUCAACCUACUUUCGUGGAGCGUGCAGAACGUCGUGGCAAUCGGCCUAGGCGAGCAUACGUACAUAUGGAAAGCGGAGACGGGCGAGGUCGAGCUUGUCGGCGAGGCUCCGGAGGGCAGCUAUGUUUCUAGCGUGGCGUUCAACACCGAUGGAGCAUACCUUGGCAUCGGCUGUGGCUCUGGUGAUGUUGAGCUAUGGGACGUUGAGACCGGGCAGAAGCUGCGAACGAUGGGCGGACAUCAACAUCAAGUCGCGUCGCUUAGCUGGAACAGCCACAUCCUCACUUCAGGUUGCGGAGACGGUAGCAUCUGGCAUCAUGACGUGCGCGUGGCACGGCACAAGGUGCAAGAGCUACUCGGACACUCCGGCGAAGUCUGCGGCCUGAAGUGGCGAGAAGAUGGAGAGCUCCUUGCCAGUGGCGGCAAUGAUAACGUGGUCAACAUCUGGGAUGGUCGCGUCGGUGAUGUUAACGAGGGCUCGCGCGGGUUGGCCAAGUGGACGAAGCGGAACCACACUGCAGCAGUGAAGGGUAUAGCGUGGUGCCCCUGGCAGCCUUCUUUACUUGCCACAGGCGGUGGUACUAGCGAUGCCACUGUCCAUAUCUGGAAUGUCGCGACCGGUGCACGCCUGCACUCGCUCAAGACUCCCUCGCAGAUCUCUUCCGUACAAUGGUCGCCGCAUCGGAAAGAGCUACUCACGACGCAUGGCAUUCCCACCAACUCCAUCAUGGUGCACGCGUAUCCUUCGCUGGAGUGUAUCGCUGAGAUAAGGGACGCGCACGACGCCAGGGUGCUCUUCUCCGCUGUCAGCCCGGCAGGCGAUGUCGUGUGUACGGGUGCAGGUGACGAGAACCUCAAGUUCUGGCGCAUCUGGGAGGUCCCAGCUGCCAAAAAGAAGAAGACUACGAAGGAGCCGCGCGGAGCGGGCAGCGGCAUUCUGGCCUUGCGCUGA